UUAAAUUACUCAUUCUUCUUUCGAUUUCCACUAAGCUUAUUACAGUGAUUCUUAAAGUAUCCAAAAUCUAUUUGUGACUGGAUUGGAAGGUAGAAUAUAAGUUAUGUUAAAUAGCACAGUGGCUAUGCAGUGUGGAUAAACAUAGUAUGGACAUAUGUCAUGGGUGCCAACGUGCAAAAGGAAGUACAACAAGGAGAAUGUCCUUCACAACCAAAAGAUGUGUCUGCUAUUUUUGGGACGGGACCAGAUUGUCCCGAUGUAAACACUGUCAAGGAACAAACAAAAGACAACGAGCAGAUUAACGUCGAACCUGAAAAUAAAUUAGCGGUAUCCGAAGGAAGAGAUCAACAUGAAUUACUAGAAAAAGAUGGUAGACAGGGGACCCCCAGAUAUGACGCUCCUAAAGUUUAUUCCAAAGGUGAAGAACUGAUACUUGGACUUCCAAAUAGAAACUCGACUUCCUGCUACAUAACAUCGUUGAUACAGGUGUUGGCGCAAACUCCCGGACUGAUGGAAUGUUUGUUGAGUUAUAAACAGAAAUCUUGUAUUGCUGAGACACUGAUCAAUCUGUUCUGCGUGGUAAAUGACGUUCAGGAUCCACACGAAAACGUUGCAGAUGUUCUGUGCUCACUUUUAAGGGACAUCCAGAACAAAAUGGCUGCAAGAGACGAUUCUUACAGUGAGGGUAUUCAAAACGACAGCCACUGCUUACUCCUCUGCUUAUUAAAUGCCCUUGACGAUGAAGAGAGAGACGGAUUAUACAUAUUUGAUGGACAAAUGAGAAAUAGUUUUACAUACUCGAAUUGCAGUCAUGUAGAGGAAUCGGCACUAGAACCUUUCAAAUCACUUCCAAUGUCCGUUAACAACAAACUGAGUACAGUGGAAGACAGUAUUAUGCAUAUGAUCAGUGUCGAUACUUUCUACGAUUCCGAUAUUCCAUGUCGAAAAUGCAUCAAGGAAGGUCGCCAUUCCCAAGAUACUGUAACCGAGAAGAGGCUCAUCAUAGUGGUUGCCCCUGAAAUUCUCGUUCUACAACUGUCACGCUUUCACCAAGUGUGGGCGUCUGGUGACAAACUAUGCACAAAAAUGGAGAAGUAUGAUGGACAUGUUCAGUACUCGUCUACCCUCUCGCUACCAGUAAUACAAAAGGAUGAAGAUGACCAUACAGGAUGUGCUGUAACGUAUGAACUGUAUGGCGUCAUCUGUCACGAAGGAACCAUGGAGAAUGGACAUUAUUGGUGCUACGUGAAACAGAAUGGAUGGGACAAAGCUCAUCCGUAUCUUUGGCAUCUUUGUUCUGACUCGUACGUCAGGAGGCUUGAAAUAAAUGAGGAAUGGCCUGACUCACCAUACGCGUAUUUACUUUUUUACAAACAAUGCAUGAAAGAAAAAGGAUAGAAGAGACUUUGAGUUAUAAUUCUUUUGGUUUAAGAUUUCCAUGACCAAACUGUUUUUGAUCGCUUUCUUCCGAUUUCUACGAAUAUGUAUCUCGCAAAGUCAUAAAUGUGCAUUUAUGUUAAAAAUGUAAGGUUACUGUUACUUUACAGGUUGAUCUUUGUAUACUGAAUUACCCGUGUAAGCAAAGAUAAGUAAAACAUGAGUUGACGCUUAAAUGUCAGUCGUGCUAUUGUAGAUAUUUUGUUGACGAGUUUACAUUCGGAAUAAAAAAGUAAACGCUUUCGAUUUUAUUGUUAUUUAAUCUUGUGCAGUUUAAUUAAAAGUCCUAAAAGAGACAAAUAUUUUACAAUAUAAUAAGGACAUACAUUGUUUAAAUGAUGACUAUAUAUAACCACUAAAUAAGCAAUGGUUAUGAAGUAAAUGUAAAAAUACUGCAAAUAUUAGUACCAAUCUAAUUUCAACAGGCAGUUAUAGGGACAGUAUAUGAACGUCAUUGGAAUUUCAGAAAAAAUGCAUGAAAAAUAUGUUAUUUCAACAUUGGUCUUAAUAAGCAUACUGUCAUAUAAAAUACAAAAUUGAUGAAGUUCUUUUGAGAUGCUCGAUCUUGUGGUAAAAAGUAACAUAUUUGACAAAAAAUGUCAAUCACAUAAUUUCAUGAACCACUCAAAUACAAACAAAAAUAUGUUGACACUUGGGAAUAUUUUCCUUUUUUAUUCCUACACGACAGAGUAAUAUCAUAUCAUAUCAAAAAUGGUUUUAGUUUACCCCUAUAACUGAAAUAUCAGAUAUUAUUACUAAUUACGUUUUCACAGAUACCAGCGAAAACUAUAAAUGUCGUAUAUUUGGCUACAAGUUCCCGACUUUUAUUUUGACUGCCGCCCUUAAAUAGGUAUAUGGCAAAUCCCACAACUAAUCAUACAAAUCAAUAAAAAAAUUCAAUCAAUUUCAUCUAGCAAGUGAAAAAGUCGAACUCUAAACCCCGUGAUAUUUACCAGUAGCUCGGAACUUGAUUAUCAAACCAAGAUUACAACACACACGUUUCAUUGAUAAUUGUUCUCAGAGUUCAUAUAUCAAUGUCCAUUGCAUAAUCAAAUUAGUAACACUUAACCAUCCAUACGCAAAGGCAAUGAAAAAUAGUGCAAGUAAAUCGAGAUAGAAACGAUACCCCUUUUUUUGAGCGCUUUUGUAGUUUUCACGAGCCCAUGAUUUGCCAUCCUUCAGGAAGUAAACAACAGUCUUGUACAGUGUACUUUUAUGAAGGGUUAUGUAAAGAUAAUUCGUCCUACUUUCAAAAUAUUUAUUCUGGUAUAUUUAUUCCCUUGCUCAAUUUAAAGGGCAACAGAAAUGACAAAACUGCAAUUUAAUAUUUUUUUAACCACACAGUUACAAACGGUGCUAGUUAAACUGAUACAGGAAUGCAACCAUUGUUUUGUACUUUCGUUAGGAUUUGAAGCAACUGAUGUUGAAUAUCUCAUCACAUUUAUGUUGUUUUAAUUGUGUUGAUUUUUUUUUUAUCGAGAAAUGCGCAUUUUUUGUUGUUUGUAAAUGAUUUCUUAUAAUACCUUUCCUCGUCAUAAUAUUAUUACCCUGUCUAUUUUAAUUCUUAGCUGCUUGAUUCUGAACACUUAUCAUAAUACAUUAAACGUUGAAAAAGAUAUCAAACAUAUGAGUUUUAAUUGAUGAGUUUCGCUUGGUAAAUAUUACACAUUUAAAGUUACUCAUAACAAUGAAAUUAUUAAACAGGUGGUUGCAUAUUCAUUAUUUGCUAUGUUGUUAACUCCUUGACGAUUGAAAUGUACAAAACGAAUCAACAUUGAUAAGUAAGCCUACUUCA